AGUCCUCACUAGUCCUCAGUUCAGUCUCGCUCGCGCGUCCGAUCGGAAUGGAUCGAACGCGUAGCGAAUAGCAAUUGUAUGUGAUCGAUCGGCGCGAGACAGCCGCGAAAGAGCCCACAUAUUUUGGCCGAUAUUCGCGACGAUAAUUUCGCUAGCACAUCGUAGCGAAUGAAUUAGCGUCAUCAUCGUGAUGACGUCUCGGUGGAAUCGUCAUUCUUAGUGAAACAUUGUCAUCAUUCCUUCCUGUCGAUGAAGUGGCCUCAACAUGAUGCAGGAUAUUCCCGGUGCGUCUGCUGACGACCGUACCUCAAAAUCGGUGCUACUCAACACCUUCGUUGUAAAAAAGAAACGAUGUCGCGUGUACCUACAUCGCGGUACACUCAUCUGGGAAACCGAACGGCCGCCUUACACCAGAUGGACGCUGCCUUUGACGGACGUUUUGGCGGUGCGCUACGGCGAUGACUGGAUACCUGGUUUGAGCGUUAAAGAGAAACAACCGACCUCAUCGACCACGGUUUGUCCGACAAAUUUCAUUCUGCAUUACGCGGCUCGCGGAUCCAAGAACAAAUGGCGACACCACAGCGUGACCAUGAGCCACACGGAUCCCAGACAAAUCGCUUCGUGGGUGAAAACCAUUCGAAAUCACCUUUUAGGUCUUACGUAUCGUCCGCGAAAGGUGAUGCUGUUCAUCAAUCCUAUAGGUGGUAAAAAGAAAGGCGUUAAAAUCUGGGAAAAAGAUGUGCAGCCACUGAUGACCAUCGCUGGUAUAGAGACAAAAAUGAUGAUCACCGAACGGGCUGGCCACAUUCGUGACAUUUUGCUGACGGCCGAUUUGAGUGACUUACACGCAGUAGUGUGUAUCGGCGGUGACGGCACAUUCGCCGAGGUAUUCAAUGGGUUGAUUUUGAGAGCAAUCAAGGAUCAACAGAUCGAUCCCAACGAUCCCGACGUGAGACUGCCCAACCCUGUUUUGCCCGUUGGCGUUAUACCCAGCGGUAGCACGGAUACGGUGGCCUACAGUCUGCACGGUACUACCGAUGUGCAGACCGCUGCUAUACACAUCAUUUUUGGUGAUUCAAUCGGUCUAGACAUCUCAUCGGUCCACAGCAAUCGCACCUUGCUCAGAUUAUACGCCAGCGUGCUCAGUUACGGUUAUCUAGGCGAUGUAAUUCGUGAUAGUGAAAAAUUUCGCUGGAUGGGACCCCACAGAUAUGAUUGGUCCGGAUUUAAAAAGUUAAUAGCAAAUAAGGGUUACAAGGGCGAGAUCGAGCUAUUAUCUGAUCCGUGUCAUCCUGCCAGUAGCACUAGAUGUAUGAAAAACUGUUCACGCUGUUUGCAACACAUGCAUAAUAGCAUUCCCGACGAGGAAAUCGCCAGAUGGGUGACAGUCAGUGGAAAAUAUUUCAUGGUCAGUGGCGCAAACGUGUCUUGCGCCUGUUCGAGAAGUCCUAUGGGCUUUAGUCCUCACUGUCACAUAGGUGAUGGCUGCGUAGAUGUGAUUCUAAUUCGACACACAUCUCUGAUAAACAAUAUCAGAUUACUACUCAGACUGUCCAGCAAACGAAAGACUCUGUACGAGCUACCGUUUGUCGAAGUCUAUCGAGCGAGAGAAUUCACAUUCCGCGCUCUGCCGACACCGCAAUUCGAAAACGAGGUGAACCAAGUCCGUUCAAACUCUCGACUCAGCGUAUGGAACUGCGACGGUGAGGUGCUCGACAACACUAAUGUGAAAAUCAGAGUACACUGCCAACUGCUGAAGGUUUAUACGAGACAAGCUCAAGAAUCAACUCGAGAAUCGGCCUGCUUCAGUUGUUCCAUGUGAAUAAGCUAAACCGGGUCGUCGAACGGGGUCCGGACUUUAAGGUCGCGAUCCCGUUGCACGAUAUUCUUGAAAGCGUUAAAGUUCCUUUGUCUUGCCCUGUCGUCCAUCCUCGCGAGAUUAUCUUACAGUAUAAUAUAUAUGUAUUAGAUUGAUCAAAAAAGUUUGUUCGUUGCUUUUCUAUACAUUAUUUUUACUAGAAAAAUGAAACAUAAAAAGAAAGAGAGAAAGAAAAGCAGACUUUUUGAUCAUGCUAAUAUUUCCUAGCAUAUACAUAACACAAAAUAAUUUGUGUUGCGUAACAUUUUACAUUUUUUCACAUUAUUUUAAAAAAACAAUCUUAGAUAAGACGUUACUUUUAGCUCUAUUAUUGAUACAGCAAUACUUUGAUUCACAUCUAUAUAUAAUUUCGUAUACAGAAAUUAUUUAACUUUUAUUUCAUGAUUUGUGGCCACUUUUCGCACGUCUUUCAAGAGUAUUGAACAUUCCAUCUGCUAGAGCGCUAUGUAAAUUUUAGUGACACUGAUGAAUCAAUUUUACAUAUACGUCGGAUAAAAUACUGUCUAAGAUACGAAAUUUGGAAAAAGCGGUGUAUCACGACGUUUGCUUUAUUUGACUUGUGCGACAUUUGUAAAUAGAAGCAGAUUUAAAUUGAAAUUAGUUGCGUUUUGCGUUCACAUUUGUCGAUUACAUUCCGUGCUAAUUGCGCACACAUUUAUCUGAUAAGAGACAAAUCAAGGAUACCGAAGGAUGAGAAGAUAUUGUAUUCAACGCUUUUUUAAGCGCUUGCAUACACAAUUACAAUCAUUUUUUGAUGCUAUUUUAUUGGUAGCAUGCGUAUAAAAAGAAAUAUUGCAUCUUCGCAAUCUAUAUAGUUUUUAUAUAGUUCUGCAUUUAAUAUAUUCUCUCUCUGUUCCUAUAUAUAUUACAACAAGCAACAAAAACUUCUCGGAAUAAAAAAAUCUAUUGUAAAAAUAAUUUUUCUGAAAAUCGAAAAAUUGCAAUCAAAAAUUUGUUAUUGAGUUACAGAGCGGGACAUUAAUUAAAAAUUCAUUCUGAGAUUGCACAUUUAUCAUGAUUUCGCGAUGCAAAAAAUUACGAUAGCAUAAUCAGGCCGAUUGUACUUUUACAUUUUGUACUUAAAACGUUUUGUAUUAUCAAUGCUGCAUAGCAAAUUCAAAGUGUAAUAUAGAGAAAUUACUUAAAUUUAUUACACACGUAUUAUACAUGAUACUGUAAGUUUAUUCUGGCGAUAAAUUCGCGAUCCAAUAGUAAAUGCAAUAUCGUAAUGAAUCGAACUAAUAAUUGAUGCGUUACCGUGUGUAUAGGUGUGAUUUAAGCGUAACGCAAACGUUCUCAUAACUCACUAAGCUUUUUCUUAUAUUUUUGAUAAUUUUUCGUGUGUAAAGACAAUCAAGAUGCAAAGAUGGUGCUUGAAUGAUACAGGGAGAUUUUAAGCGUUAUUAUGAACUUGUUUUACAAUCGGUUUUUAAUUAUUUUUAAUAAAGUUUUUAAUCAUUAAAAAAUUAAUUAUGUCGAACGAUAGUCGUCUUUAUUCGCGAAAGUAUUUUUAGAUAUUUUUAAGGUAUUUGUACAUUAUAAUUAUAAUGAAAAGAUGUAAAAAAAAUGAAGCAUAAUGAGACGUUAAUAAUUUACGAAUUGAACCGCGAAUAUAUGUAUGUAUGUGCAAAUGUAUAUACUUUGCAUGACUGAAAAAAUGCAAAUCAGAGCUAAAAUCCAAAUAGGUAGAAAAAAAAAUACAAAAAAAAUGUAUUUUUGAUCCAGCUCUUUUCCCCGUUUGCUCUCUACCGAAAUAUGUAUAUUUGCCUAAACGGCUUUGCGCGUUUUAUUUGACAUUUAUGGCAUUUAAGAUUCUGACAAACACCUCUUGUACGUUGCGUAGCGCGAUACAUUCGCAAUUGAUAUUCGCAGAAAAUAUUCACAAAUGCGCGUGAUGUUGUACCGCAUGUCUCCUAUCUUUAGUAUUUUAUGCAGGUGCUACUUUGCGUUGUGAAAAAUUGUAGACAUACCUGUAGACCAAUAUUUUUCGCUGCAAGCGUCAAAUAUAAUUGAUACGAUAAUAGCGAAGCAGCACAAACAGUACUAUAAGCACAGUCACGUUCUAUUCAUAUAGUUUUAAGUAUAAAAAAUUCAAUGGUGCUAUAACAUUCGUGAUUGCGCUCGUCUUCGCUCGUAGAAACGUCAUGCAACUAGGAAAUGACACACAUGAUCUAUUUUAUGCAAGAUUAGAAUUUGAGACAAAUUCUUUUUUAAGAUUCUUUGACGUAAAAAUUACAUCGCAAGUUUAUGCGCAGGUAUUAUUUAGUCCUUUAAAUAAUAACAUAUCAUAGGUUUAAACACAACUGUAUAUAAGUCCGCAAGAGAGUUGCUCUCUAUUGCGUAUUUUGUCUUGCAACGUAUUAUUAGCGCGAUUAAAUAUAUAUUUUCUUUUUUUAGGGAGGGGGGGACGGCUUAAACUUAACGUAUUGUCAAAAUAGUGUCGUCAAAGCAAUCCUUCAUGGACGAUGCCACUUUGAUCACUACUGAAAUUUAUUACUAAGAUAUUUUGCAGACAUGAUACCAGAAACAAAUAUGUAAAUAUAUGUACAGAUAUGUGUAUACAUACAUAUUAAAUGUA